UUCUUGGAUUACUCGUUUUCAUUGUACUAUUUUUUGCCAUUUUAUGAACUAUUCAAUGAUCAUCACGCGUUUGUUCAUUUUCCAGUUCAUUGUACCCUUCGAAAAUCCAGUUUUUCAAGUUUACUUGUCUGGUUUUUAAAGUCCAGUGAUGUGUACAACAAUUCAAGCAGUUGUACUAUAUAUAUAUAUUUAUAUAUAAACAGUAGUUAUACAAGCAUAUUUUAAUAAAUUUUCAGUUGCUAGCUCUUUUCUUUUUGGGUUUUUCUUAUUGCUUCAAAUGUUUUAAUUACAAUAUUUUAUUGACUUUAGUUGCAUUUCGUGUUUUGGGAUUAGUGAUGUUCUUUAAUGAGUUUCCAGGUAUCUUCUAUGACUGAGUUUAGUUCUAGUUAUUAGUCAACUAAAGCAAUCUAUUUACUGCUAAGCAUAUCUAUAAAGGGGACACCUGGAGAAGGUUUUGGCUACUGGGGUUUGAAUUUUAUGCUCUCAAAGUGUUUGGGUUUUUACCUUCAUUAAAUCACUGUCAAGUUCCAACUUUCAUUUUUCCCAUGAUGUUUCCAAGUAAGAGGCCUGCACCUGAUGAAGCUGAUGAGAGGUGUGAAUCUAUGGUUCCUGAGCCCAAAAGAAGGGCUACCCUUGAGAACGCUGUUAGAAGCAUAAUGGGAUUUGGAGGGCUUUCCCUGAAUAGAAUUGUGCUCAACCUGGAACCAAUGCUGAGAUCAUGGGUAAGGGAAGAAGCGGAAAAAGCAAUUCUAUCCUCUUUUCAUCCAUCUUCAAGGUCCUCGCUUAAUCAGAUUGAGGCAUCGAGAGGAAGAAGCUUGCAGUUGCGUUUUGUUAAUAAACUACCCUCUACCAUAUUUACGGGUAGCAAGGUUGAAGCCGAGGAUGGCAAUACCAUUAAGAUUAUCCUAGUUGAUGCAAUGACGGAAACAAUGGUCUCAUCUGGUUCCUUGUCUUCUAUUAAGAUUGAGAUUGUAGUCCUUAAUAGUGAGUUUGGUGCUGAUGAGCGACAAGAUUGGACGGAAAAUGAAUUCAAUGCCAGUGUUCUUCGUGAAAGACAAGGUAAAAGGCCACUGGUGACUGGGGAUGUGAGUAUCACCCUGGUUGAUGGUGUGGGGAAUGUUGAUAAUGUGAUUUUCACUGACAAUUCUAGCUGGAUAAGAAGUCGAAAGUUUAGAUUAGGAGCCCGAAUUGUGCAAAGAAUUUCUGGUGAAUCGAAAAUCAGGGAGGCUACAAGUGAAGCAUUCAUAGUGAAAGAUCAUCGUGGGGAGUUAUACAAGAAGCACUACCCUCCCUUCCUGCAUGAUGAAGUAUGGCGUCUGGAAAGGAUAGCCAAAGAUGGUACCUUCAAUAAACGGCUAACCUCUAAUAAUAUUUUCACUGUCAAGGACUUCCUGCGGUUGCAUAUUAUUGAUUCAUCUGCACUGCGCCAUAUACUUGGUUGUGGGAUCUCAAAUAGGGUAUGGGACACAAUCAUAGAACAUGCUUUAUCUUGUGUUCUUGAUGAUGAUGAGUGGUAUUCCUACUAUGGAACCGCACAAAGCGUUGGACUCCUAUUAAACUCCAUUUACAGAGUUGAGGCAGCUACAUUUGAUGGCCAGAAUUACCAGCCAGUGGAAAAUAUGACCUUUUCACAAAAGCUUCUGGUGGAAGAUGCAAAGAGACAAGCUUACAAGAAUGUUGGGGACCUAGUUUCGGUUGAUCAGCGAGCAACUAUCAGACCCUUGAUGCCCUUGACAAAUUUUUUGCCUGAGCCACUUUGCAUCCCAAAUUUACUUCUGCAACAACCUGAACUCUCAGUUGAAAACGAAGAUAAACCAGAUACACCACAUGGUAAUCUCAACCAAUCCUCAACAUCCUAUGUCUAUGAAAUGGAAGAUACAAAUCAGUUACAGGAUUGUUUACCACAGGAUGAGCUUGCAAUUCAAGCUUUUAAUCCAACGCUAAGAAACAGCUUCAGAAUGGGGGGGAUCUUCCAUUCCAAUGGAGAGAACAGUUUGUCAUUUUUGUCAGAUGACCAUUUUGCUACAGAGGAUAAUUCUGAAGCUGAAAUGCCAAUUUGGAUUUCAACUACUCCAGCAUGGGGAUAUGCCAGUGGAUCUGUUUCAACCCCGGCAGCAUCCGAAUCGUCUUCUACAAACUUUGAUGUCAAUAACCAGAGAAGCAUGGGAGAGAGCAGAGAUGUGUGGCCCAAAGCUAGGUGGUUGAAGUUAAGAGCUGUUAUCCAUUGGAGGUCAUUUACUCGCGGUGCUGCACGAAGGCGCCUCUGCUUGCCACUAGGCACAUGUAUAUAAUUCAAUAGAUUUAAAGCAAUUAAGCUUCUCAAGGUUACGUCAAUGUCCUUCAACUUGAUUCAUGCAUGCAAUCAGGAGGCAAGAAUCUCCUAGAUGUUUUAGCUUGUCUUUUUUUUUCCCCUCUUGUGGAAAGGGUUUGUCCUUGUAAUUGUUUUUGUAAAAAGUUUGUAACUUUUUAUUGGGUACACAAGUGUUCUAAAUAACACAGUUAAAUUAUGCA